AUGGCAGAAGGAUCGUCAACCACGUGGGCAACAUCGAGCGUAUGCUCCUGCGUCGAAGAUGAAUAUGAACCAGUUGAGGAAGAUGAACAAGAGAUGUACAAUACUAGUCAGUGCUCAUGGCAAUUGUUGUCGGUUUCACUACAUAGGGCAGCGAAUAUCGGAUUUGGCAUUGCAAUCUCUGGUGGAAGAGAUAAUCCUCAUUUCACGAACGGCGAUCCAGUAAUCAUAAUUUCAGACGUGGUUCCCAACGGACCCGCCUGGGGCUUAUUGCAAUUGAAUGAUCGCAUUUUAUCUGCGAACAACGUGUCGUUUGAGAACAUUGAUUAUAGCACAGCUGUCGAUAUAAUUAAGAAUAAGGAUCAAAUUAAUAUGAUUGUGAAAAGGCGUGUUGCAAUGCCGAUGCUAGAGUUUGAACAAAGAACUUUAAAAUUCACAUUGUCAAAAUCAAGAAAGAAAGAUGAUUUUGGAAUUGUUGUUGGAUGUAAAUUCUACAUAAAAGAAAUACGGAAUCCAAAACUUGCUGAAAAAGACCCGGGACUUCGAGAAGGCGACUCGAUACUUCGCGUAAAUGGGCAAAGUCUAGAUGGGGCCACAUUAGAAGAAGUUAAUAAAUGGCUUGAAAGAUCACGUGAUAAGUUAUGCCUGGUUAUUCAACGAGAUGUUCGACGUGGAACGUCUCGAUGGCCUUCUCAGAAUACUGUUUACGAGCGAGUUGGUAGUGUAUCAGCAACUCCAAGGCAUUCACCAAGUCCUAUGCUUCAGCAUAUUCCUUUAUCCACUAGGCCAGACGGAAGCGUAGAGAGACGGGUUUCAUCUCCAGUUAGUUCACAAUUAUCUAAUUUGGGAUUGUCUACGUCUAUUACUCAGAACAGUGGAGGACCAUUAGAAUAUGAAUAUUACACUCGGCAACCAUCUAAGCCACCCGAUACCAACGGAGUGCGCUGCGUCGUCUUUCGGAAGGUUGGCGGCAGUGUUGGUGUUCGCGUUAUCGGUGGUAACGAAGUUGGUAUAUUCGUAUCGGCAGUCGCAGCGGAUUCGCCUGCCGCUGUACAUGGCGUAUGUUGCGGGGAUCGAAUUCUUGAAGUUAAUGGACGAAAUAUGCGAGGUAUUACUAGAGAAGCCGCAGUCCAGCUGCUUCUUGGACUUGAUGAUCGCGUUGCUUUAAAGUUAGAGCAUGCGAGAGCGGAUUUCGAGCAUGUUCGUUCCAAUCAACUUGGAGAUAACUUUUAUAUAAGAGCUCACUUCUCUAAAGAAAAAAAGAGCAGUCCUCUCGAAUUGUCAGUAAAUGAAGGGGAUAUAUUCCAUGUGACAGAUACGCUGUUUGGCGGUACUGUUGGAUUGUGGCAGGCUGCCAGGGUUUAUUCAGCUGCUGAAAAUAAAGGAGAGCCGGUCAAAGGUGUUAUUCCAAAUCAAAACACCGCAGAAGUGAUAGCCCAAGAAUACCGGGCAUACAUUGAAGCAAAACAAUCGAAACAAGCGAAUAGUGGCGGAACUCUUUUACGUAGGAAAUUCGAAUCCAAAAGGACUAAGAGUCUUCCCAAAAACAUGAUCUGCGAUCCAACGGAGCUCUCAGCAAAUAUUCCAUUGCCUUCCUAUGAACGUGUGGCCUUAAAUACACCGUCUUUUCAUAGACCACUUGUUUUAUUUGGACCCUUGGCCGAUAUUGCCAGACAGCAGCUUCUUUCACAAUUUUCUGCGCGUUUUGCUCAACCGGACAGUGAUGGUGGUGUUAUUCGACUUUCUUCAGUGGAUCAUGUUAUUGCAUCCAUGAAACAUUGCAUUUUAGAUAUUAGCAUUGAAUCGGUUGAGCGCCUUCAACUUGCACAAUACGCUCCUAUAGUUGUUCUAAUUGAUGUUGAAAAUCGCUCGAGAAUUCGUGAGAUCAGGAAAAAAGCAAAUGCUGCCCACUUAUCUUCAAGAAAACUAGCGGAACAUGCGCAUAAUAUAAAGAAGUAUUAUUCUCAUCUUUUAUCAGCAACUAUUGACGCAACUCAUGAAAAUGGGUGGUUCGAAGCUCUGCGUGAGCUAAUUGUGCAUCUUCAACAGCGUCGACUUUGGAUGCCAGAGUUCCCGCCAAACCUUCCACUGGAAGAUGUUUUACUUUUUCCGCUACCGAAAUGUGACGGAGAUGUAGAUUCGCUUAAAAAACCAAACCCUCCUGUAAGUCGAGGCGUGACAUCACCAGGAUACUAUCAUGUGAAGCAGUUACUCGACGAUGAGUCUCUAUACCAAGAUGCUCGAUUAGCGAAUGAAAUUGCAAAUGUACGGCUUAGAGAAGAAGCUCGACUUCGAGAGGAAAGGGCACGGAAUGAGCAAGGUAUUUCCCAUCGUCUUGAUGAUCAACCAUCGAUGGAUUAUUCCAACACUGGAUCCAAUAACGAUUCUGUGUCUUCUCCGGCUUAUAAUGCGAAAUACCACCCACUUACACCUUCAACUCCGAAGCCAUCAAAUAUUUAUGGGGAUAGCUAUGUCCGAAAUCGAUGGCCGACGGCGGAACCAACCGAUGCGAAGUCGUCCGCGGAUUUAAAUGGAUCACCGCUGGUGAACGGAAACAGCGAAAGAAUCCGCAGAAACGGAAGCGCUUCCCCUGCGAACGCCAGUAUUUCACUAACUGUUGCUAGUUCUAUAAAUGGACCUUCGAAAUCACCCACACCAAGAUUAGACGAAAACGAGAACGGCAAACAAUUUGAGAGAGAGGAAGAGGAACCUGUUGUUGUCGAAGAAGCUAUUGCUCUUAUAGGAAGCGAAGGUGGAAUUAUUCGUUGCGAGCAGGCAAAUGUAGAGUUGCGAAUUCCGGAAGGUGCUAUAAAAGAUGGUGAAAAACAUGAAAUUUAUGUCAAAGUGUGUCGCGAAGGAGAAUCGUCGCCGAUUGAUAGAUCAAAAGGGGAAACGCUCCUCUCGCCACUGGUGAUGUGUGGACCACAAGGCUUGAAAUUUGAAAAGCAGUGUGAGCUACGAAUGCCACACACUGGCGUUGAGGCCGAUGGCCAGUGGUCUUUUUCGCUGAAGACUGGUGAAGGAGGUGAAUGGAAGCACAUGGAUAUUGACGACGCAAGCAAAAAUGACGAUAGAUUUUUACGAGUUCCAAUUACGCAUUUCUAG